CCCUCCAUCCCAAGAUCAAGAUUACGAACCCUUCUACAGCCGAUUUGCUGACGGCUGCUGCACUGCAACCUUGCAGGCGAGAGAAUUUUAAGUUUUCCUUCGAGUCUGCUCAUACUGGGCUAACAAUAUUAAGGAAAUUGAGCGGCGGAGAAUACGAGCAGAAGUGUGUCAUUGUUUAUCAAGGCGAGUGAGAGAGAGAACAGCGGUAGGCAAAAUGCUGUCCAGGGCAAGCGGGCGGUGCUUGCUGCACCAGGGGCGGCGGUAUGUAUAUGCUGCCCCACUCUCCACCCAGACAGGUCAGAAGGUCAUCACGUUAGACAAUAUGAACCCUCAGGUGAAGAAGAUGGAGUAUGCAGUGCGUGGGCCGCUAGUCAUCCGCGCCACGGCAAUUGAAAAGGAGCUGGAGGCAGGCAUUGAGAAACCCUUCAAGACUGUCACCAAGGCCAAUAUUGGUGAUGCUCAUGCCAUGGGCCAGAAACCCAUCACAUUCCUAAGACAGGUUUUGUCAUUGUGCUCAAUGCCCAGCUUAUUAGAAGAUUCUAGCUUCCCUGAGGAUGCAAAAGAGCGGGCACGAGGCGUCUUGGCCGGCUGCAAGGGCACUUCUCUUGGUUCUUACAGUGAUUCUCCUGGUAUUGAGAUUAUCCGACGACAUGUAGCUGAUUACAUACAGCAAAGGGAUGGCCAGCCAUCAUCAUGGGAAGACAUUAUCCUGUGUGCUGGAGCAUCUGAAGGGAUCAGGAGUAUAAUGAAGUUGAUGGUGCAGCAUGAGAAUGGAAUCAGACCAGGUGUUAUGAUUCCCAUCCCUCAGUAUCCCCUCUAUUCUGCCAGUAUUGAUGAAUAUGAUUUACACCAGAUUGGCUACUACUUGGAGGAAUCGACCAACUGGGGCCUUGACAUGGCUGAGCUGGAGCGAGCGUACACAGAAGCCAAGAAAGUGUGUCAUCCCAAGGCUCUGGUGGUGAUCAACCCUGGCAACCCUACUGGUAAUGUGUUGCCACGAGAGAAUAUUGAGGCCGUCAUCAAAUUUGCCCAUGAAAGGAAACUUUUCUUGUUUGCUGAUGAGGUGUACCAGGAUAAUAUAUAUGCUGAUGGAUGUGUGUUCCAUUCCUUCAAAAAAGUCAUGAAGGAGCUUGGUGAACCUUACUGCCAUAUGGAGAUGGCUUCUUUCAUGUCUUGUUCUAAAGGUUACAUGGGAGAGUGUGGUCUUCGUGGUGGCUAUGCAGAGGUCAUCAACCUUGACCCAGAUGUGAAGGCAAUGUACCUCAAGAGUAUCUCUGCCAAAUUGUGUCCAACCACUCUGGGCCAGGCUGCAAUGGAAUGUGUUGUGAACCCACCAAGGAAAGGUGAUCCAUCCUAUGAUCAGUUUAUAUCAGAGAAGUCUGCUGUGUUGUCAUCCCUUGCCCAACGUGCCAAGAUGGUUGUGGAAACCUUCAACUCAGUGCCUGGCAUGUCUUGCAACACUGUGCAGGGAGCCAUGUAUGCCUUCCCACAGAUCCAUCUUCCACCUAAAGCAAUAGAGGCAGCCAAGGCAGCUGGCCAAUUGCCAGAUGUCUUUUAUGCCUUCCAGCUGCUUGAGAACACUGGAAUAUGCAUUGUUCCAGGCUCUGGUUUUGGACAACGCCCUGGAACUUAUCACUUUAGAACCACAAUCUUGCCACAACCUGAGAUGCUCAGUACCAUGCUGGAGAAGUUCAGGGAAUUCCACACAAGUUUUGUGAAGCGGUAUCAGUAGAGAGGAGGAGGAAGAAGAAUCCCAUGCCUUACUUAUGUCUAAUGAGUCUCCUUCCUCAGCAAGUACUUCAUACAUACUAUGAAUCACAAGACUGCUUCAACUGUGCUUCCUUCACCAGUCACUACUCAUCAAGCUCGACACUUUUAAUCUAGUGCUAUCAAUAAGAAAUUUAAUUUUCUGCACUUGUUGUCUCCAGCACAAACUUUGAUAUUCGGCUCACAGGAAGGAGCAGCCUAUCUCUUGUAAAUGUUUUGUGUAUAUUAAAACUAGUAAUCUUUUUUUCUUUUUUGUCAUUAAAUGCACUUGUAAGGAUGGGAGUCUUAUUUUUGUGAAUGUCACUUAGUACUCAUAAACAUUUUUUAAGGUUAUUUUCUUAUAUAAUUUUUGUUAAAAACAAGUACAUCUUUCUACACUAGAAUUUUCAACAUUCCCAGCCACUGUGGCAAAUUCUCCUGGCUCAUAAAUUAUCACAUUGGUACUCAGUGCAGUCUCAGAAGAAAUAUAAAGAAGUGUACUUAUUCUUUUUGCAGAUUCUCAAAGUCCAUUUUUUUUUUUUUUUUUUUAUCACAUUGGCAUCUAGUGCAACAUCUGAGGAUACGAAAAAAAGUGUACAUAUUCUUUUGGCAGAUUCUCUUGUCUAUAGAUUUUCACAUUGGCAUGUAGUGCAAUCCUGAAGGAUACACAAAAAAAGGGUCCUUAUUGUUUUAGCUGAUUCUCCAAGCCCAUGAUUUUUUUUAAUCAUGUUGUCAUGUAGUGCAGUCUCUGAGCAUACAUAAAAAAAGUUUACAUAUUAUUUUAGCCAGUUCCACUCAAAAUCACCUUCGAAACAGUGUAAUAAUCAAACAUCAUGCAGGCCUCACAUGAAAUAAAGACAUGGCUUCCAUUAAGGAGGCUCCACUGCCUGAUUUUGUUGCAGUUACACACAAACCCAGUCAGCAAUCUUCUUAUAUCAUUACCAAAUUGUCUUCACAUUUAAUAGUAAGAAUAUCAUAAGGUAACCAAAUUGAAAUUGUCAAUUGGUUUUAAAAUAGUCACAAUUCUUGCCUUACAGUUUGGCAGCAUUCCAUUGUGUUUAUGAAUGUUGCCACAAAAUUCAUACUAUGAUAAUAUCUGUCUUGUGUUCACUGAAAUCACCUCCACCAAUGUUGUGGAGAUGAGCAAGACUCAGGAGGUAAGGACAGAGAACAGGAUCUUUGCUUGCUAUGAUGACCAGAUAUGAACCGUCCAGUUGUUUAUUAGGACAGGUGAAGCAAUAAUUGAUCUCACUUCUCAGAAAAAAAAAAAAAAAAAAAUUAUAUAUAUAUAUAUAUAUAUAUAUAUAUAUAUAUAUAUAUAUAUAUAUAUAUAUAUAUAUAUAUAUAUAUAUAUAUAUAUAUAUAUAUAUAUAUAAUAAUAAUAAUGUAGGGCACCUCAAGAAAAGUAAUUGAUUCCUAAAAUAAGAAUUUUAUGGGUAUGAAGGAUAAGUUUCAAAAUGCAAUACAGUGAUGAUCAAUGGUGAACUGUUUAUUAGAACAGGUGAAAGAAUAAUUGACAUCAUUGCCUCACAAAAAUUUAGGGCACUUCUAAAAAGUAAUUGAUUACUUAAAUAAGAAUUUUGUUAGCAUAUGAAGAAUAAAGUUUAAGAUGUCAGAUGGAAUGACUUAGGAUUCAUUGUCUUAUCAAGUCAGUAUCCUCAUCCAUGGUUGUGAUGAUAGACAUUUACGUAUAUAAGAACAUAAGAAAACAAGUGGCAAGGAGCCACAAGGCAGUCCCUGUGUAUCUGUGAUGUGAUAAACGGUGACACCCAUGUCCAUGCCACACACCAAGAGUAUGUAGUGAAUGUAUAAAGUGAAAAUGAAAAGAAAAUGAACUGACUACCUAUCACUCCUUGAGUCACCAUGGUAGUAAGUCUGACACUUUUAGCAUAUAGUAUAGCAAAUAUUCUGAAAACACCUGCAUCUACCAGAUAUCUUACAUUGACAUUGCAUCCACAUCCACCUCUUCAGAAAUUGAUAUCCACAUCUUCUAAAUGUGUAUGUAAACAUGACAUCCAUAUACUUGUGCAUAUUCUUUAAUGUCUCAAUUCAUUAUGAUACAUUUAUAGGGAGACCAAUUUGAAUGUGGUCUGAAAAACUACAUUCACCAUACACUAAGCCAAUUUAGAAAUCUAAUUUCCUACCUCCUCUCCUCCUCACCACAGGCAAGAUGCUGCCCCUGAGGGGGUUGUGUGGUGCAGGAUUUUGUUGUGGCACAGACAGAAUACUAGCAGUACACUAUUGAGAAUGUGGUGAUCAAUUAUUCAUUGCAUUUUAGAUCCCAUUGUAACCCAUUAACAAAGUGCCACUGCAAGCAAAAAUGUGAUAUAAUUAUAGUCUUAGAUCUGGCAUCACUGUAACCAUAGCUGAUUUGGGUCUGUAAGUGUGGCUUUGUGUUCAGCCUCUUUAAGCUGGUCAGCCACACAAGAUGUGUAAUCCACUAUUCUGGUGUAUAUUCUCACAUUAGUAUUCUAUAUUCUCAUGUUAUUGUUGAUAUUAAUAUGUUUUAAUUUUUGUUAUAGGAUGAUAUGGUGGAUUUUGUGUAUAUUAAAGCAUACUAAAUGCA